AAUCGUGAAGAGAGGAAGUGUUUAAAAAAAUAUAUUCGCAAACAAAAAUAUUUUAAUUUGAAAAUAUUACAGAAAAUAAUAUUAAUAAAUCUUCUUUUAAUAUAAAAAUCUUCAAAAAAAUGCCCUCACAAAUAUCGAUUGUUCCCAAAACCAUAAAUCCCGAUAUUGCCAAAGAACGUCAACAGGCCACGAUCAGUAGUGAAGAAAUCGCUCAAUGGUUUUAUGGCGGUUCAGACAAAUUAAAAACAAAACGUGAACUUGAACAUAUUCUCUUCGACGAUCUCGAAAAGGGUUAUGGACUCAAACAUGAAUACCUCGAUCAUGUGGGCGUUUAUAAUCGUGCUGUUGAACAAGUGACUACCACAGCUAAAAAAUUACGUAAACUACAAAAAGAAAGAAAUCCUGGAGGAGAUGAUAUCUGGCCAAAAAUGUUAUAUGGUUUGGCCAGUCAUGGUCUAUUUCCUGCCAACAGUCCCGUUUCCACACACAUUACCAUGUUUGUGGAUGUCAUAAAAGGUCAGGGAACUCCAGAACAAGUAGAGAAAUGGGGUAAAGCGGCCGAAAAUUGUAAUAUUAUUGGCACCUAUGCUCAAACCGAAUUGGCACAUGGCACCAAUGUCAGAGGUAUACAAACCCGGGCAGAUUAUGAUCGUAAAACCGAAGAGUUUGUGUUGAAUACACCCUGUUUGCAGGCCUACAAAUGGUGGCCAGGAGGAUUGGGCCAUACUGCCAAUCACGCCAUGGUUGUAGCUCAACUUUACAUUGACGGCCAGCACAAAGGUAUACAAAUGUUUAUUGUUCAACUUCGUGACUUGGAGACCCACAUGCCCAUGCCCGGCAUUGAUAUUGGUGAGAUUGGCAAAAAGGUUGGCAUGGCUGCCGUAAAUCAAGGUUUUUUGGGUCUAAAAAAUGUUUGCAUUCCUCGCACGAACAUGUUAAUGAAAAAUGCCAAAGUAAUGCCAGAUGGUUCAUUUCAACAAAGUCCUGCCUCGAAAUUGUCCUACAUGACCAUGGUCUAUACUAGAUGUUUAAUUGUAAAUUUGGAUACGUCUUAUCUAUUGGAGGCCGCCACCAUAGCUACUCGUUAUGCGGCUGUGAGAAGACAAAGUCCCAUCAAUCCUGAUGACCCUGAACCCCAAAUUAUGGAUCAUGUGACGCAACAAUUGAAAUUAUUUCCCGAAAUUGCUACCGGUUUGGCAUAUCACAUGUCGGCCGAAUACAUGUGGGAAUUGUACAAUCAAACUGUGGAAGAAAUCAAUAACGGCAAAUAUACCCGUUUACCCGAAAUGCAUGCCCUGUCAUGUGCCCUCAAAGUCCUGUGUACUACCGAUGCCUGUGCAGGUAUUGAACGUUUGCGUUUGUCUUGUGGAGGUCAUGGUUUUUUGACAGCAGCCAAUAUUGGCAACAUUUAUGGCAAUGCUGUGGCUGCCUAUACAUAUGAGGGAGAAAACACAGUACUUUUAUUGCAGAUUGCUAGAUUCUUAGUAAAAUCCUGGUCGUACUUAACUGAAGGCAAACCCAUGCUGCUAAGUGUUGAGUAUUUAAGACAAGGCUUACAAACGGACUCCUUCCCCAAGUGGAAUAAUUCAUGGGAAUGUAUUGUCAAUGCUUUGCAAUAUACUGCAGCACAUAAAACCCGAUUGGCUUUUGAAAGUCUGUCGCGUAAAAUGAUGGCCGGACAAACACAACCAGAAGCUUUCAAUAACAGUGGCAUAGCACUUAUACAAGCAGCAGAGCUCCAUGGUCGCCAGUUUGUAGCCGCCACAUUUUUACAACAAAUUACUGGGCCCAAAACUGCCCAUCUUUCAAAGAAUGCCAAAUCAUUUUUAGAAGCUUUAUUGGAACUAUUUUUAGUACAGACAGCCUUGAAACAUAUGAACGAUAUUUUACGCUUCAUUAAUAUCACCGAACAGGAUUUGCAAUCCUUGCAAGAACGCUUGGAAUUGGCUUUACAGAAGAUACGACCCAAUGCUGUGGCUUUCACCGAUGGUUUCGAUUUCCCUGAUGGUGUUUUGAACUCGGUAUUGGGCUCAUAUGAUGGCAAUGUCUAUGAACGUCUAUUUGAAUCGGCAAAAAUGAGUCCUUUGAAUCAUAAACCUGUACCUGAUUCAUUUGAAAAGCAUUUAAAACCAUUUAUGAAAUCAAAUUUGUAAAAAGCAUUUUGUUGUUUGUUAAUUAUUUAUUUGUAAAUAUAAAAUGUACUUUUUUAAUAAACAAAAUUAUAUUAAAGAUAUAAUAAUGGUUGAAUAAA